AUGGAGGAUAACCCCGUCGUUUAUGAGAAUUCUACUUGUCAUCCCACAAAUACCCAUUCAACUGGAACUCCAGAACACUGGAAUUCCGAUGAAACAGUGACUGUUAAAGAUAUAUACCCUUUCUUCACUGGAGAAUAUGACAUAGUACCGCGAGGGAAACAGGUUCUAGCAUACGAUUAUCCCCUUCAUAAAGAAAACACUCAGAUCACCUGUUCCACCUGUUCGAGCGUAUAUUCCACUUCAACAGUAGCAUCUUUUCUGUCACCUAAAAACUCUGCAACUUCGGAAACUCCCUCCUCUUGCCAGAGCUUUGAAGAGGAUAAAGGAUUUGAGGCUUCAGACAUCCAUGAAUGUGAUGAAUUUGGGAGCGUCAUAGAUGGCAAUCUUUGGUUGGAGUUCGAUCACUAUGUUGCCAAUACCCAUAGGUUCCCCUCAACCAACAGUGACAUGGUGUUGAAAGUCGGAAAUACACACAUGAAUUCCCGCGCUAAUUCUACCAUUCGCACUACUAAGCAACUGAACUGUGGUAUUUCCAACCGUAUUCCCGGCACUGAUGGUCAACACAGUAUACCCGGGGUGGAUUUCUUCCCUGGGAGCGAAAGUCCGCGCAACCUUAAAACGUCUACAAAGAAGCAAACCAUUGAGAAAACCAGGCUCCCUCCAAAACCCGCAACGGGUAAUAAAAAUAUUAAUGCCACUAAAAUCUCCGCUGUAAACGAUAUAGCCUAUAUUUCUGACAUGGAGGUUCCUCGCGUCGAACCAUUUGUUAGAUCCAACUUCCCUCUACACACAAGCAGCCCAUCCGCAGUUCAAGGUUUAAGUUCAGACCAAAUCCUCCUCCGCACAUGUUUUCGCAUUGGUGAAACUCUAGCCUCCCGCAAUAUACCAGACAUGAGGGCAGAAGAUAACCUUCGAACAACUACCGUGGUGGAGCUCUAUGCUUCUGUGUCUAAAUCUUACCGCAGUGGGCCUUCCCAGAUUUUUAUCUUUUCAGAUAUUUUCUUUCCCACACACCCUCCUUAUCUAAUGGGGGAAUGGCGUGGGUGGCAACAAAAUAGCUAUCUCAACCAGGUAGGUAGAUAUUUCUUGAGCGAAGAUGGAAGUAAUGGCCAUGGAGCAAAAUUAAACAACAAACAAAAAUUACUCGACCGCGGCCAAGGGCGAUCCAAAAUGUGCCGAGUUGUUGGCGUUAUCUCUCAAGAAGGCUCCUCAUUUACAGAAAAUAAUAGUCAUCCACGGUCCCCAAUCUCCCAAUUUCCUACAGGGCAUGGGAGACUUAGAAUACUGCGUAUUCAGAAGGCUGAUUGGUCAGAUAUCGCACUAAUGAAAAAAGCUAUGGACAUCUAA